GGAUAAAAGAAGUAUUUUAUGGGUGUGCAAAUGAUAAGUUUGGAGGUUGUGGAUCAAUUUUGUCUUUGCACACAGGUGGUACUGGGAAGCCUACAAGUAAUGGGGCUUCGAGGAAGGAGUUCAAGUGCACCGGCGGAAUAAUGGCAACAGAAGCCAUCAACCUUCUACGAUGUUUCUAUGAGCAAGGAAAUCCAAAUG